AUGGGCCGUGCAACUCUAGACCUCAUUGGCUUGGCUGGGUUUGGCUUCAAAUUUGAUUCUAUCUCCAAUCCCGAGGCCAAAUUGGUUCGUCAGUAUCGCAGACUCUUUGGCAUUAAACCUUCGCCAGUCACCCAAGUACUGGCCCACAUCAUACCAACCAGCAUUCUCCGUUUCAUCCCUACUCCAACUUUGGAGGAUGUCCGGGUCUCCACGGGAGCUAUCAAAGCGUAUCUCUCACGGGUCAUUCGUGAGAAACGUGCUACGAUGGCCGAAACAGGUCAAAAGCUCGUUGACAAGGACGUCUUGUCUGUUGCUAUGCAGGAUACUUUGCUCUCGGAGCAGCAGCUUAUCGACCAUGCCAUGACAUUCCUUGGUGCAGGUCAAGAUACUACUGCCUAUGCACUGACGUGUUCAGUGAUGGAACUUUCACAAAAUCUAGAGUUGCAGGACAGGUUGAGACAAGAGAUCCGAGCGAACUUGCCGAGCCCAACAUCUUCAAGAUUUCGUGCAGACCCGAUUGAUCCCGCACGACUUCCAUUGCUAACCGCAGUGGUCAACGAGACUCUUCGCUGCUAUCCUUCCGUUGAUGCAAUCGGAAGGGUCUGUCUCGGCGCAGAUGCCGUUGUAGCAGGACAGAAGAUCCCGAGGGGAUCUAUCGUCAACAUCCCAGUUGCGGCGGCAAACCAGUAUAGUGCAUUCUGGUCCGGGUCCUCGUUUGAUCCAGCUAAAUGGCACCCGGAACGAUGGCUGGACAACGAUGGCAAGCUAAAUUCGACCGGUGGUGCUAUUGAUCCAUGGGUUAUGAUGACCUUCUCGAGAGGCGGCAGGCAGUGUAUUGGCGAAAGGUUUGCGAGAACUGAGAUGGCGGUAGUGUUGGCUGCGCUAGUUGGCAGAAUGAGGUUUUAUUUCCAAGGAGCGAGUGGGAGGGGGAAGCCGAUCAAUGACUUGGACAUAUUUUAUGGGUUUACUGGUUAUAUUUUUGGUGGGUUGUGGAACACUGUAGAGAUCGUGCAGGGAUGGUAA